CAUAACCUCAUUCUGUUGCAGAUGUCUGACCCCAAUGCACCUGCACCUCGUUAACGAGACAUAUUUUCUCCUGCUUUACAGCAGCGUGACUACAUUUGGUUGCUGUGUUUUGUCAGCUCUGGACCGCAGAGGUCUGGCAAAAGCUGCUUGCUUUCUCCUGAGCCCUUUCUCAGACCAAGCUCUACCUAAGUUGCUUCUGACUUUGCUGCUGUUGCUGAGGCUGAUCUGGGAAUUGAUCAAUCCAACAAGGUGUCAAGAAAAGAGAAGAAUCAGCUGGUGCCUUCAAGAUGAGUCUUCUUUGUCUCCCACUUUUCGCUGCUCUAUUCAGUGGUGUCUUAUGCCAGUAUGAUUAUUACUAUGAACCUGCAUCUCAACUGGGACCCUCAGGACCUAAUUGUCCAGAAGAGUGUGAAUGCCCAAUAAGUUUCCCAAGUGCCAUGUACUGUGACAACCGCAAACUAAAGUACAUCCCAAAAGUGCCUUCAGGAAUCAAGUAUCUUUACCUGCAAAGAAAUCAGAUAGAUUCCAUUAAAAAAGAUGUCUUUGACAAUGCCACAGAGCUCUCUUGGCUUAUCUUGGAUGAAAACCAAAUUGUCAACAGCAACAUAGGAAAAAAUACCUUUUCCAAGCUGACAAAGCUAGAACGGCUGUACAUGAACAGCAACAAUCUUACAGAGCCUGUUGGACCUCUCCCCAAUACCCUGCAGGAGCUUAAACUUGCAAAGAACCAAAUCUCAAAGUUUCCAUCCAACCUUUUGAAAGGACUCCAAAACCUCACUGUUAUUCAUCUUCAAGAAAAUGAGUUGCAGGAUGGUGCUCUUGCUGGAGUUUUUCAGGGGCUCAACUCCCUGAUGUACCUUGACUUAAGCACCAAUAAAAUAAAACAAAUGCCUCAGGAUCUUCCAAGCUCUCUGGAGAUGUUAUAUGUUGACCACAAUGGCAUCUCCAAACUUCCAGACAACUAUUUACAAAAACUCCCCAAGCUGCAGUAUCUGAGAAUCUCACACAAUCAGUUGGUGGAUUCUGGCAUUCCCGCUGAUUUCUUCAACGUCACUUCUCUUAUCGAGCUUGACCUGUCUUUCAACAAGCUGAGGUCCAUCCCAGCCGUUAACGAGAACUUAGAGAACCUCUACUUACAGGUCAAUGAAAUCAACAAGUUUGAUCUGACUAGCUUCUGCAAGAUCUCUGGCCCAUUGAAUUACUCCAGACUGAAACACCUGAGACUGGAUGGGAACGAUAUCACUCACAAUGACUUGCCAUUGGAUAUGUCGAACUGCCUCCGCCAAGCCAGUGAAGUCAUCUAUGAAUAAAGGCCUGGUCUACUGUUAAGCUGGGGGUCCUGGUCUGUUUUCAAUCUUUCCAGUAGAUCAGCUUCUGCUCUGUUAACCUCAGCAUGUUUCAAGAUUUUACUAUUGUUAAGAGUAGCAUGUUAAUUAAAGGCAUCUAACUACCUGUACAAAACCAGCAAAAGAGGUUCAGUACUUUGAUGUGCAUGAAACUGUUCAUGAAACGAAUCCAUAGGGAAUGUGUACUAUAAAUGUACUCUGAAUAUACUAUUGAAUAUUGAUCUCAUACAAGUACAUUACACAGUAUGUGUUCUUAAGGAAAGAACACUUUUAUUUACAUGAGAGCAAUGUAUCACCAAGUAUGAUAUGACUGUGGUUCUGUAGCAGAAUAUACAUUGUUAAAAACAUUAAAAAGUCAAACUUACUCGGACCAAGCAAGAUAUUUCUUUCUCUUAUUAAAAUGCACUCUUUUGGCUUCUAAAUAAGAAUACUUUUCUUACAUUUUCUUAAAUCUUUGAAACAGUGCAAAGCUAAUGGGCAUGUUAUUUGUAGCUAUGCUAGGUUAAAGGGUACAUUUACUUUUGUGUGUGAAGUUGUUGUGGUUUCUUACUUUAUUUGCUUUUAAUAUGCUGUUACAGCAUCAUCUAGCAAUGAAUGACAAAUGCAAUACAUAGUUACAUUUGCGGAACACGGAAUGUGGUUUAGAAACUCUCUAAUACAUAACAUACAAGAUUUCUGUCAGUUACAUGAGCUGCAUAGUGUCACUAAAUGUCAGCAAGGAUAUGAUCUAGGAAAGUAUUGCUGGAUUACAUUUGAUAAUUAUGGUAAUAAAUAUUUAAGCAGCUACUGCUUAAGAUGAGUGAAAAUAUCAGAUGCUACUAAAUACAUUUUAGUCUAUGCUACUGGACUAAAGUUUAUUUAGUUCAGAUUCAUGAUUCAUGUUUUAAGCUAUGGAUACCAUGAGCAUUGACAUUGCUAUUCAAAGUAACCUACAACCAAAGUCUAUCAAUACUAUCUAAAGAAAAUCACCUUCAAAGUGAUACAGUAAUGCUUCUAGGAAAAUUUAGUAAAUGUUAAGCAUUUACCACAAUGAAUGUUUUUUGUAACCUGGGCUAAAAAAAAGCUCCACUGAAUAAACAUGAUGUGUAAAAUUAUUCAGUCGUUAAUUUACUCUUUUAUUAUUUUGUUUUUUACAUUUUAAAUCAUAGUCAACAAGUCUAAAUAAACACAUUUACUUUCAUCUUAUGCCAUGUAAACCUAUAUACAACAUUGUCAAUUACUUGCAUGCAUUUAUAGUAACUUUGUAAAAAAAAUAAAACAUAGCAAUUCAA